AUGUCUCAAAUGUUAGAAGACUUAUUAAAACAGUACUCUUACAAGCCCAAGAAAUCGACGAACUCGCGAAAUAUUAUUUUGAUAGGUGAUGACUUGCACGUCGUCGAGAGACUUUGUUCAUUAGAUUCAUUUAAGAAAGAGGUCUGUACGGUUUCCGAGGAGACUGGCUCUUGUCCGUGUCAAAAAAACGAUGAGAACGGAAGUCAUCUUUUAAAAUACAAUAAGCUGUUCAUAGGUUCAGUCACAGAAGAAGAAUGGGAACUGAAUGUUUGGAGCGUAAGCACACUCUCAGCUUCCCUCAUUCAAUAUGCAAUUGAUAAAUGUCUAAAAAUUUCUUCACUAGAAGACUUACUAGUCAUUUUCCAGUAUGACGCAUCCAACGGAUGGAGCGGUUACUGUCAACGGUUAUGUGAGUUUUAUCUUAUCGUCAAAAAUGCCUUGUCUAUAUCCACAGAAGAGGAAUCAACUUACAGAAAAAAAGUCCUCGAGAGCUAUAACUUGCCUCAAAAUUUUCAAUGGAGACGAAAGUCGGUUUUCCCGUUAUUCAUGGUCCUUUGUGAACAAGUGCCUUCUGAAGCAAACUCAUCGGGUUUUUAUGAGCAAAACGAGGACUUUGUGCAACAAUUUACACGUUCUCUCUUACUGCAAAUUCAAACAGGACAAUUCCUGUGUAGCAGUGAUCACGUAACAGAAUGGGCGCUUCUCGGUUCAGCCAUUUGUAAUACAUUGCGCAUUGUGAACAAAACGAAAAAUGUUGUGCCAGUUGGUGCAAGAAACCAAGUAUACAUACCAUCAUUUUCUGACUCUGAGAAGCAAGUUGAUGAUCUACUUGCUGGGUGCUCUAUAAAAGAAGUGGCAGAAGCAUUUCGAAAACUAGAAAAUGUAGGGAAAAAAGAGCCCUUAUUACAGCUUUUUCAUCAAUAUGUCCCUGCACCAAAAAACAGACCAAAAGCUGCACAGUUUCUUAAACCGCGAAAAUCAGUUCAAGAAUUUUUGUUGGAGUUAAAAAGGAAACGCUCAGAAUUCUUUGAUACAAGCAUGGAGGACAUAAGUUUCACUUCGACGGAAGACAAUUUGCCUCAAAGCACGAAGCAAAAUAGAGCAGACACUAACGAAAGUGGAGGACAUAAUCAAAUUCUAGCAAACUUUUUCCAAAGUCUUCUGAAAUCUGAAACAUCUUAA